UUUGUUUAAUAUAUCUAAUCUUGUGUUGUUCAUACUAUACAAUGAUUUAUUACAGAUUAUCUGGCCAAUGCUGGGCGUCUAAGGCCUUUGAAACGCAUAGAAGACAAAGAUCUCUUGGUGGAGGAUAUCAUCAUGUUUCAGCUGGUUCAUCGAGUUAGUGGAGCACUUCAAAGGUUUAGGGAGGGGAUGAAAACUCUUGGUGUUCUUGAUGCAAUAAGAAUGCACCCAGAUGCUUUCAGACCGCUGUUUUGUCACGAGCCAUCCCCACUCACAGCGGAUGUACUAGAACUGUCAGCAGUGGGCAGGAACAAAAGAAGGCCAGAGGAAUGUGUGGUUGCAUUUUGGAGGGACUACCUGCUGGAUGUUGAGGAGCAAGAGGGACCCUUGCAACUUGGGGGUAUCCUGGCCUUUGCGACGGGAGCAAACGAUAUUCCACCCCUGGUCUUCUCUCCACUACCUUCAGUGGUUUUUCUCCAUGAGCUGCCCCUCAGACAAGGCCGUCAUUUACCCAUCGCAAACACAUGCAUUAACUGCCUGCGGUUGCCAGUCCUGAAAAAAUUUGAGGAUUUUAAGGAAACUAUGGAUUUUGCAUUAAAAAACACUCUUAAUAUACAUUAUUAAAAUCUGUUGCCUGUUGAACUUGACUAAAUUGAAGAGGCAUCGUUGUCAAUAACUCACCCUUUCCUAAUACAUUAUUAAUGUCUUGUUUAAACAAUUAAAAAUGGAAUAAUCAUCCCCCCUGCUAUUGUCUUGUGUACUGGUAAAAUUUAUAUUUUAACUCCACUAUACAUGGUUGAGAGAAGGCAAGGUAUGUGUAUAGGGUGACUGAUUUUAUUUUUACUUGGUUUUUAAUUCACAUGUGUAUGUAUGUAGGUAUACAUGUUUAUGUGUAUAUGU